CAGGCUGUAUCACGGUAUUCCUUUUUUAUGGAGUAGGCGGGUGGAAGUCCUCAGUCCCUCACCUGUUUUGACUUCAACAUCCUUCAGCUGGGCAUGUCUCUCAGCCACGACGCAGCCCAGUCCUUAGAGGACGAGUUUUUCGAGCUGGAUAUGUCCCAGAGUUUCAACCAUGACGCAGACCAGUACUUGGAGGACAACGAGUUCUUCGACAUGUUUUUCGAAGACCCCCCACCAUCAGAGUCUGCCUUCGUCAAUGACUUUGUCUCCGUCGGCUCAGGGAGUCUCUAUCAUCCCUAUACAGACAUAUUUACUCUAGAAGUUGCAAUCAUUGGUGUAUUACGCAUUCCCGGGCUUUACAGUUACGCCAUUCGACUAGACUACACCCAGGAGCAGCGACUAUGGUUGGCGGGACAAGGCCUUCAGUUUGAAGGUGCGGUGCUCAACCACCGCGUCCACCUCUUCUUCGAACGCCUGUAUGAACAAUGGUUUUGUACAUGGGCUCCCGACGACACCGUGCACACCGAGAAUAAUCCAGAUCGUAAGAGGGCAGAUAAGGAACAACGGAAAAUCGAAAUUUUCACCUUGUACAUAAUGUGUCUCCAUCGUCGCUGGAUCGAGGUUGGUCUACCGCCUGAAGGGUGGACGACUGGUAUGGUGUACGCGAAGCUGGAUGAACUGGAGGAUAUGAUAACAGAGAAAUAUAUGGAGGUUCGCCAUUAUUUUGUGCCGCCGCUUGGGUCGGAUUCAGACUCAAAUGACGAAAGCCCGUAUUGA